AUGAACGAUUAAUUCAACCAGGCUCAUUAUGACAUAAAGCAAGAGAUCUAACAUUAUGAGCAUGACUUGGAUCACUUUUGGACAGCUUUAACUGGGUAAUUUGUGGAAUUAAAUCAAGUGCCGUCGUUUUGAUUAUGCAGUUAGGGUUUGCAUUUCUAGAGGGAGGCUGUGUACGAUACAGGAACAUUCAAAGCAUCAUAAUCAAGGUUUAUGCGAACACUGCCAUAAGUAUCAUUAUGAUGUGGAUAGUAUGAAAACAUCAUAAUUUAGGUUGGAUAUGGAUUAAUGAUGGGUAAGACGAAUGACUCAUAAUUCAAUGGAAUAAGUGGAUUUGCAGGAUUCAGAUUCAAGGAUCAUCCUGAAUCUUAUGCUGAUUUUAUAUUUAAUACAGCAUUAGCAGCUGCAGCUAACAGUAUUGUUUCUGGAGGAGCUGCUGAAAGAAUGUCGAUACCUGGCUAUAUUGCUCUAAGUGCAUUAUUCUCUGGAUUUAUAUACCCAAUUUGUAUCCAUUGGGCAUAUAAAGGAUGGUUAUAUGAUUUGGGAUAUCACGAUUUCGCUGGAAGUGGUGCCAUCCAUCUAACAGCUGGAAUCGGAGCACUUGUUGUCACUUAUAUGCUUAGGCCUAGAACUAAUAGAUUUAAUCCCCAGUUUGAAUCUUAAUUUAAACCAGCCAAUACUACUUUUAUUUGUUUGUCUUGUUUGACUUUGUACAUGGCUUGGAUGUGCUUCAACUCAGGGUCUACUUUGGCUUUAUCUGAUGGUUCAGUGUUUACAGUUGGAAAUUCAAUUGCUAAUACUAUGGUCGGUGGUGCAAGUGGAGGAUUGUUUGUAUUCUUCUACCAUUACUUCACUAAUCGAAAUACAGAUAAUCGGUUUAGUUUAGUGAUGGUUUGCAAUGGAAAUUUGGCUGGUCUUGUAGCUGUAACAGGGUAUUCAAUCAAUUAAUGAUUUUAGAUCUAAUGAUGAAAUUGAGUAAUGGGCAGCCUUUGUAAUUGGAAUCAUAGGAGGAAUAAUAUACAUAUUGGUGGCUAAAAUAUUACAUAAAUUACAGAUAGACGAUCCUGUAGAUGCAAUUCCUAUUCAUGCUGGAUGUGGCUUAGCAGGAGCCAUGUGUCCAGGAUGGUUUGACAGAAGGAGGGGAAUAUAUUAUGAAUAGGGAGCGUACUAAUGGGGAGUUUAAGUGCUAGGUUGUGUUUGCUUUGUUGCUUGGUAUGCUUUGAGGGUUUAUCAUAGGUCUGCUGCUUGGCAUUAUACAGCUUGUAGAAUAUUGGAGAAGCUGGGUUUGCUUAGAGUCAAUAAUACUAUUGAAUUAGAAGGGAUGGAUCCAACCAUUUGUGGAGGACAUGCUUUCUUUUAUGAAUCUAUUAGAGAAUAAGAAAUGAAAGAACCCUUUUCAUUUUAAAGAGAUGUUUAACAAUAAGAAUAGGCGAAACUGAAUGAGAUGGAAUUUGAUGAUAGAAAUUUGUCCAUUAUCAAAUAGGGUGAUAAAUGA